GAAAACAUGAAUCAGUGCUAGCAAGAGAAGGCAGAAUGGGAACCCGGAAUUGCGACCUGAGCCAGAGUGCGAGUGUGAGUGCACACACGCAGCAUGGAGGGAGGGACCGGAGCCGCUGCCGCCUUCCCCGCCGGGUCUCCGGCAGCAGCGGGGACGGGAGGAGCUGGAAGCGAUGCUGAGGAAUCGGAAAGAAUGAUGAAGUCCUCUGUACACGCAGAAGAAGAUGACUUUGUGCCAGAGCUUCAGAGGAGCAUCCAUCCCAGAGAGAGGCCAGACUGGGAGGAGACUCUCAGCGCUAUGGCAAGAGGCGCGGAUAUUCCCGACAUUCCAGGGGAGCUGGCGCUCCGGACCUGCGGCAGCACAGCCAGCAUGAAAGUGAAGAAUGUGAAAAAAUACAUCAACCCGGGACUGAUGGGCUGUGAUGCCUUUCACAGGUUAUCCUUUACAAAGGGUCACUUCCCGAAGAUGGCUGAAUGUGCACAUUUCCAUUAUGAAAACGUGGAUUUCGGCAACAUCCAGCUUUCGCUCCCGGAGGAACAGAAUGAAGUAACAAGAAAUGGCUGUGAAUCCAAGGAACUGGUCUACCUUGUACAGAUCUCUUGUCAGGGAAGGAGCUGGAUCGUGAAGCGCAGUUAUGAAGAUUUCCGGGUACUGGACAAGCACCUUCACCUCUGUAUCUAUGACCGGCGCUUCUCCCAGCUCUCCGAGCUGCCCCGCUCUGAUGCCCUGAAGGACAACCCAGAGCUCGUCACCCAGAUGCUGAUGGCUUACCUGUCACGUCUCUCUGCCAUCGCAGGCAACAAGAUAAACUGUGGGCCUGCUCUCACAUGGAUGGAGAUUGAUAACAAGGGGAAUCACCUGCUGGUCCAUGAGGAAUCAUCCAUUAAUGUUCCUGCUAUUGCUGCUGCCCAUGUUAUUAAGAGGUAUAUUGCUCAAGCAGCAGAUGAGCUGUCCUUUGAGGUGGGAGACAUCGUGUCUGUUAUUGAUAUGCCACCGAAGGAGCUGACCACAUGGUGGAGAGGCAAACAUGGAUUUCAGGUUGGAUUCUUCCCUAGCGAGUGUGUUGAACUAAUCAACGACAAAGUUCCUCAGUCCGUGACCAACUCUGUGCCAAAACCAGUGUCAAAAAAGCACGGCAAGCUCAUCACCUUCCUGAGGACAUUCAUGAAGUCGCGCCCAACCAAGCAGAAACUGAAGCAAAGGGGGAUACUGAAGGAACGGGUGUUCGGCUGUGACCUGGGGGAGCAUCUUCUCAACUCUGGCCAUGAUGUCCCACAGGUCCUCAAGAGCUGCACUGAAUUCAUUGAGAAGCAUGGCAUUGUGGAUGGGAUAUAUCGUCUGUCCGGGAUCGCAUCCAACAUCCAGAAACUGCGCCACGAGUUUGACUCCGAGCAGAUCCCUGACUUGACAAAGGAUAUUUACAUCCAGGACAUCCACUGCGUGGGCUCCCUCUGCAAGCUGUACUUCCGUGAGCUCCCGAACCCUCUGCUGACCUACCAGCUCUAUGAGAAGUUCUCAGAUGCUGUUUCUGCUGCUACAGAUGAGGAACGGUUGGUGAAAAUCCAUGAUGUCAUCCAGCAGCUGCCCCCUCCUCACUACAGGACACUGGAGUUCCUAAUGAGGCAUUUGGCUCGUCUUGCUGAUUACUGCUCCAUCACAAACAUGCACACCAAGAACUUAGCAAUUGUCUGGGCUCCAAACCUCCUAAGAUCCAAGCAGAUAGAGUCUGCCUGCUUCAGUGGAACCGCUGCCUUCAUGGAGGUGCGCAUCCAGUCAGUGGUUGUGGAGUUCAUCUUGAACCAUGUGGAUGUCCUCUUCAGUUCCAAGCUCAGUUCAGUCAUACGGGAUGGAGCAGGGCACAGCUCUUUAUCACGGCCCAAGUCUCUGUUGGUGUCCUCUCCUUCCACCAAGCUGCUCACACUGGAGGAAGCCCAGGCACGGACACAAGCCCAGAUCAACUCCCCCAUCGUGGCAGACAGCAAAUACAUCGAAGUGGGAGAAGGCCCUGCAGCUUUACAGGGGAAAUUCCACACAGUCAUAGACUUCCCAUCUGAAAGGAAAAGGCCUCCCAGCAAGAUGAAGAAGUCUCCGGUUGGCAGCUGGCGUUCCUUCUUCAACCUGGGAAAAUCCUCCUCCGUGUCCAAGCGCAAGCUGCAGCGCAACCCCAGCGAGCCCUCCGAAAUGAAAGCCAUAGCCCUGGCAGGUGGACGAGGAGACAGCGGGACUCUUCGCUCAGCUAAGAGUGAAGAAUCACUCACCUCCUUGCAUGCUGUUGAUGGUGAAUCUAAACUCUUUAGGCCCAGAAGACCUAGGUCCAGUAGUGAUGCAUUGUCUGCUUCCUUCAACGGAGAGCUCUUGGGAAACAUGAAUCGCUGCAAUUCUUAUGACAACCUUCCCCACGAUGACAGUGAUGGGGAUGAGGGGCUCAUCCACGUUCCUGCCCUCAUCUCUCCUCGGUCUUCUGAAGACGUUGACCUGAGCCCACCCGAUAUUGGAGUUGCGAGCCUGGAUUUUGACCCUAUGUCUUUUCAGUGCAGCCCACCCCAAGCAGACUCCGAGUGCCUGGAUAGCAGUACCUCCCUGCUGGAGUCCAUUGGCAUAAACAAGGAGAAGCCAAGCACACUAAAGAAGGAUGUAGAAUCAGGCAGCCAGUCGCAGACCCCAGGCAGUGCCACCAGCUCUGAGCCAGUCUCCCCUUUCCACGAGAAGAUGAGUCCCUUCUUCACUAUGGACCUGAGCCCCACGGAAGAGAAGAGCUGCAAACCCCCCACGUUCUCACCCAAGACAGGUCGGAAACCCAUCAUAUCUCCACCAUUGACCACACCAGAACCCGUCUCCUUCGCGCUGCCCAGCCGUGUGCCAGAAACCACUGGGGCAGGGCCCAUCACAUCCAGAAACUCCUCCACUUCCAGCUGGAGCAAAGGGAUUGGCAUGACUGAAAUCACAAACAGGUCCCCAACCCAGAUGUCCUUGCCCCUGAAAAGCAGUGAAACAGGAGCAGGGGAAGGAGCCCAUCAGGAGCUACAGCACACGCAGCUAGUGGCUGCUGGCAAAGCAGAGUUGCCAGAAGAAGGGGAGAGACCAAUGUCAAGCAGUCAGAAUAAGACUGUACCCACUGGACACACACAGCCAGGAGCAGUUGCCCUCGACUCCCCCCAGGAUCCUGUUCCCGUCAGUUCUGUGUCUCUUAUCCCUCCUCCUCCUCCGAAAAGCGCGGCGCGCAUGCUGGCCCUAGCCUUAGCCGAGUCCGCGCAGCAAGCGUCCGCUCACUCUCAGAAAAGGCCAGGAGAUGCUCAUGCUGAAAGCACAAAUUAUGGAGAGGCUGAAGCUGGCACAGCUCUAGAAAAGCUCCAUCUCUCUGCCGGUGCUCCAGACAAGCUCCACCUCUAUACUGGUCUGCCCGAGAGCCGACUUCACUUCCUGACGGGUGCACCAGUAGAGCAGGAUUUCCAAGGUAGCAGCAGCACACCCGGGGAGCAGAACCACCCACCGGGUGCACCUGGAAGCCAGGACCCCCUUCCACCUCUCCACACCCCCGGGGACGUGCCUGGCAGCAGAGAUGCAGAGCAGGAGCAGUCCAGCUUCCAUCCUGGGAAACCGGGGGACCAAGACCACUUCCCCUCCCAUGCUGGGGACUGGGAGCACACCCCCUCCCACCCUCCUGGUGCACUGCCUGACUGGGAGCCACCCGCAGCAGACUUGCCUGUAGAUAAGCCCCAGCUCCGCACCUGUGUGGCUGGGGACAAGCACCACAUUCCCAUCUGCACAGCUGAGGACCAGCUGCAGGCUCCUCCUGCCCCGAGUGCAGGGGACAAAAGCACCGCGGGCUCCCUGCCGUACUUAGCACCCAUCCAGGCAGCAGCAGCUGAGCCUCAGCGGGGACCAGCGGCUGCCACCACGACGCAGGCAGAGGCAGCAGUGCCAGCACCACGCACAGCACCGAGCAGCCAGCCCGGCCCAGCACAGCGCCACGAUCCCCAGGCGGCAACGGGACAAGUGCCGGUGGCCUCCGCUAAAGCACCCGGUGCUUCCAGUCAGGUAUGGGGCACAGCCGCACCUGAGAAGCCACCGGAGCCGGUGCCUGCCUUCGUCUCAGAAGGCAGCUCCACCACCCGCUGCUCCUCCUCCUCUGUGCCCACAUCUCACCAGAGCCAUGUGGAAAAGCCUCGGGAGAUGACGAGGGCUCCCCCGCUGCACCUGCGGUCCGAGUCCGUCCCUACACACUCCUCCUACAGCUUCCCACCCCCUGUCCCACCGGUGAGGACGCUGGAGAGCAAGAUCGCCGCCGCCAUGCACUCCAACAGCGCAGAGCCCAUCAACAACUCCAACUACCAUGCUUUCCUCUCCUCCUCCAUGCUGGCCUCCUCCAUGGAGGAAGCUCUGCUGCCACCACCCCCGCCACCCCCUCCUCCCAAGCACGCUUCCCUGCAGACCGUGUACGUGCCGCAUCCCAAGCCGGAGAGCAUCCCUGAGCCCCCUGCUCCAGACAGCUACCUGCACCACAAGCCAGCUUCCGUCCACCAGUACAGACCUGAGAGUGUUCCUCCGCACAUGUACCACAGCAAGCCUGACCAGCACCAAGCCUACCCCCCUCGCUCCGAGGCACCCGCGUCCGCAGGCACCCGCUACAACACCUACACCACCCAAGGCAAGAGCACCUCUGCCCUGCACUCCAAGCCCCGCAGAGAGUUUGUGUCCUCCGUGAGCCCAACGGGGCUGCGCAGCGCCGGCUAUGCUGAGGAUGCUCCACCAUACCCCACGAUCCGGAGGGUCCAGUCGCUGCACGUGCCCACCCCUGCUGCCUCUGCUAUCCGCUCUGUUCCCAUUUCACGGACCGAGGUCCCUCCGGAUGAUGAGCCAGUGUACUGCCCGCGGCCCCUCUAUCAGUACAAGCCAUAUCAGCCCCACUCCGACUACCACGUAACUCAGCUGCAGCCUUACUUUGAGAACGGGCGGGUACAUUACCGCUACAGCCCUUACUCCAGCUCUUCUGCAUCCUCUUACUACACCACUGCUGAUGGGAGCUUUUAUGACCUGGAUCCCUACAGCACCGUGCGGGUCCGGCCUUUCCACCCCCUGCCCAGCCGAGACUUUGCUUCCUAUGCCUCGCGGCUGCAGAGCAAGGGCCUGUACCGCUACCCCAGCUUGUCAGCCUACCCUCGGGGUGGCCUCAUCGGCCACCUGGCAGGUAAAGAGCACAGCUUCAUCAGCAGAGACGUGCCCCCUGCCCCGGACAUCAAGCACAUGUACAUGUCCUGGGACCUGGAGGACAUGGAGAAGUACCGCAUGCAGUCUAUCCGCCGGGAGAGCCGCACGCGCCAGAAGGUCAAAGGGCCGGUGAUGUCCCAGUAUGAUAACGUGGCCCCGCUGCUGCAGGAGGAUCUGGGAGGACUGGAUGUGAUACACUUGCGCAGCAAGUCCGAUCCUGGGAAAACUGGUCUCCUCACCGUGGCGGAAGGGAAGGAGGGGAGGUACCCGGCCAAAGCAGCUACACCCGAGGGUGAGGAGCGUUACUACAUGCAGCACCCUGAGCCAGAGCUGGAGAGAGCCCAUUACCAUGGAGCCUAUGGGAAUGGGCAGUCAGAGAAGCCGUCCCUUCCCCAGAAGCAGAGCAGCAUCCGGAACAGGAAGCUCCAUGAGCCAGGCUGCGGCACAAACGAACACAGGACGCACUUGCAGCAGGAAGCGAGCCAUAGGCAGCCUUCUGAACCCAAAAACGGGCCCCCUUAUCCUGACUACAGGCCCAAAGGUGGCCCCGAGCCCUCCGAGCCCAUUGGUUAUCAGCACGCGGGCAGCAAGUACAUCCCAGGGAACCAGGAGACCCUGAGACUGAACCACAAGGAGGUGAGGUUGGCAGAGGACAGGCCAGACUUGGAGAGGUCUCGAGGCAGACCCACCACGUCCAUGGAGAAACACUCCAGAGACUGCUAUAAGGAAGAGGAACACGCUGCCUCCCCCAUGGCACCGCCGCCCAAGCCCGAACGCAGCCACAGCCUCAGAAUGCAGCACCCCGACCCCAUGGAGAGGGACUCAGCCCUGCUCUACCCGUACCAAACCCUUGGCAAACGCCAAAGCACUAUGACUGUGGUGUCCCAGUAUGAUAAUUUGGAGGAUUACCAUACCAUGCCUCAGCACCAAAGAGGGGGCUAUGUUGGAGGAGGGGGGUUUGUGCCCCCCACUUUUACCCAUGUGCACAGUAGAACUUACGCCACGGCGCUCGGCCAGGGAGCCUUCCUCCCGACGGAGCUGUGUUUGCAGAGGCCUGAAACAGAGGUCCAUGUCGAGUGAGUUGGUGGGGGGAAGGUGGGAUAGAGUCUAAGCAGCCUCUGCUGGACAGUGGACUGUUUUAUUUUUUCAGUGAUGGAAAAAAAACCCCACAAACACAAAGUCCUGCCCCAUGAGCAAAGCAAACCCCCUGCAGCACCCCAGCCCCGCCACUCACUGGUUUUAUGUAGUAGACAUAGAGCUUUUCCAUGUAGUUUUGAGGCAACUGGAAUGAUAGGGCAGAGCUGAAAGAGAUGCUGUUGGGGCAGGGAGGGAAGGGAACGCUUGUCCUUGCCCACCUUUGCCAUUGGCAGUUAGCGUCGUGUGCUCCCCGUGCAUGAGGAACUGUGCAUGCAGCUCUUCUCCCUUCCCACUGCCAGCUUCUCAGCAAGGGGCUCCGUACAGGCCUUGGAAAACCCAUGUUCUGCCCCCCCCCAGCAAGAACUGGAUGGGGGGGAAAGAAUUCCCAAGUAUUUUCCUGAUAAAUGCUGAAGUCUCCCUUAAGAAUUAGUGCUUAGGUCUCGUGGAUCCAUUUCAGUUGCUUUGAAGUGGGUGGGAGCCAGUUUUCACUUGAAGCCUGUGGAAUAGGCUCUGAAGCAAGCUCAGAAUGCAGCACACUUUCAAAACUGCUCACUUAGGAGCUGUGUCUGACUACAAGAAAUCAAUUACUUGCAAUUUCUAUGGGAGCCAAGUAGGGCAGUUUGCAUUUCGCAUACCAAAAGAAACAACACAAACCCACACCAAACCAUGCACACCCAUUGGGAACGCAGCACACCCAUUUCAUGCCAGUUCCUCUUUACUGCUAGGCUGUCUCCGGUCCAGACAAUGUGAUGCUGUGUUGUGGCUGGCCAGACAGCAGCAUCUCUACAAAACAAUACUAUAAAGUCUCUUUAGCGUUCUGUCCAGCUUGUAAAUUGGAGCCAGACUCACCAGCUGGGAAUGAUGGUGUAAGUGCUGAGUUACCUGCAUGACCAUUAGCCCCGGGCCAGAUUCUGCAGCUCUUAGAUCAGGGAAUGCUCCUGUUGACCUCAAGGAAGGUCUCCAGGACACAGCUUUCUGUAAGUUCUGCACUGGCAAGGGGAUCCCUGUGAAGCUGUGGCACAUACAGAGUGGUUAUGUGCUGUCUGUGUGCUGUGAAAUAGCAUUGCCUCCUGUAUUGCAAUCGAAGCUCAUACCAGUUAGCAGUAGGGACAGAAGGUCAGUGUGCUCUCUAAUACACUAACCACGUUGUCCUAGGUAUUUAAAAGCUUUCCAUAUUGUCAAAGAGAAGAAAAUUGGUCCUCUUGGACAUCCCAGGAUGCCCUACAACCUCACCUUAUAAAGCACAUCCAUUCCAUUAGGCAGGGCUUUGCAAGCAAUACUUGAGACUGAGUUAGUUUUAUAUGUUCACCAAGAAAUUCCAAGGCCAUUCCUGUUCCGUGUGGUUGAAGAAAGAGCUUUUCUACCCAUGUUGAAUCUCUUCAAUGUUUUAUUAAAACCCUGGAGGUUCAGUAGUCAGCAUACAGCUGUUAAAGCUCACAAUGAUAGAACCAAACUUCCAUGGCUAUUUUAAAUCCUAAGGAAAACCUGUUUCUAGUUGCUCCCCAGCCUUUAACUUCUUUCCCAUCAUGUAGCCCCAUCUAGGGCUGUUUCAGUGGCACCACCUCAUGGUCCUGUUUCAUUGUGCAGUGCUGUUGGUUUAAACAUCGUGUUGAGAAGAGUCAUUCUGCUGUGUUACAGAGCUAAAUCUGGCAGCAGGGGGGAACGGGAUAAAGGGAAAAGCAGCACUGUGAGGCAGGUUACCACCAUCCCCAUGUGAGUCAUCACCACGUUAGAGGGGUCAGGGUUUUGUAGUGUUCUCUUUGGAGGAAAAGUAACAAGGAUAGAAAGGGGCCAUGAGGUGAGCCACGUUGGGCAUUGCUAACUGACUCCAUAGGGAAGGGCUGACCUGUCCAGGUUCCUCAGUGCAGGCGAGUCCACUGUGAGUACCUGCUCUCUCAGUAGAGGUGUGUGUUGUAUUAGGACUAGUAGCAGUCUUCAGGCGUUGUAGUACAGUCUCCCCAGUCAAAGCAGGGAACAAUGUGUUUGGUUCAGGCUAUUUGGGAUUCAGGUAAUGAGAGCUGGAGGUCAACCCUCUCUCUCUGUGGAAGCCUUAACUCCCCAUUCCUGCCCCACAGCAACUCUCCUAACCUCCAUUUUGGCCUUAGGUUAACCAGGGCUAUCCUACUAUGAGGGAGCUGAGCCCAGCUCCCAGGAAUUGUCAAUGCCUCGCUGGAUUUUCCUGCUCCAAGCCACUGUCUCCCUCUAGUGCCAUCCUUGGACAACUGUUCCUUAUGGGCUUGUCACUGCUCCUGCCUGAGCCUGGGCCCUGCAGCUCAGUGCAUUGUGUGAGGUGCCAAGUACCCUGUCGCCCCAUGGGAAGGAAAAGCUGUAAAGGGCUUCAGGAAGUGAGGCAGCCUUCCUCUUGAGAAUAAGGUCUCCAUUUAAGAAAGGCAGCAGAGAACUUACUAUCCCUCUGCACACAGCCACAUCAGCACGUACUUUAAGGGCUGCAAGCUCUUGAGAACCCAAAGUAACUGCUGUACAUUAGUGCUGAGCCACAAGGACAAAGAGGGAAACAACAAGCAAGGUUAAGGCACCAGCUUUUCCCACAGAAUAGUACACCAGCACCUUUCUUUUAGUGUAGCUACUGCCCAUGGCUUAAACAUUGAGUACAAUUCAGGAGGCAUCCCGCAUCCACCCCGCACAAAGCCAUACAGUGAACUAUGCAGUUCCUUUGUACUGUGGUUAUCCUCAUCCUCAUCAGCUGAGUCAGCAUCAAGUCAAAACAUCCCCAAAUCAUAGCUGAGCUUACAGAGGGCAUCAUGCAUCAGAGUGAGGGGGGGUUACACCAGAUGUGUGAGUAGGACCUGUGAGUUUGUUGUUCAGUUCUUAGUGUCCUAGCAGAGAAAUGGGAGGGCAACACAAAGAACACUCUUACUGCAAGUCCCGUUCUGCUCCAAGUAGUAAUUCCUUGCUAACCCUAUCUCCAGUGAUAUGACAAGCAGCUAUGUUCUUAAGUAACACCCUUCUAAGUUGCCACAAGCUGUCUGCAUCUGAAAUUGCCACUUCCCAGGUUUCCAGCCAAGGUUCUCCCUAAUGCAUGCAGGUGACACUGGAUUGUCACCUCUGCUUUAGAGCAGAGACUUUAGAGCCAGGGGGAGUGCAGAUGUUGGGUAAGGAGGACCUAGCCCCUAUGAAGUCUUAAGUAAAGCAUUAAUGUCUCCCUUUUAUAGAGUCUUAUCAGGUGAAAUCUAUAUGCACACACAAAACACCCACAACUUUGUGCCUAUGUCUUUCCAGAGGUCCUGGCUUUAUGCUCAUCGUUUGAAGGGGGGGUCAGUAAGGAUUGCACAGUGGUAGUAAGUUGCUGCAUCAAACCAAAACCAACUUGAAAACCUGCUGUUCCUCUCUACCUCCAGAAAGGGACAGACCCUCAUGCGUCCUCUGGUCAUCAGUACAUUGACUGAAGCAUUAGGAAACAUGGAUGAAAACCUGGUUUGCUUCCCUUAGAGGCAGCUUAGGAGAGCAGCAGCUUCCCCAGAGCCUCGUGCUGCAGAUCCCUGAUGGUGAAAGGCAUGGUCUGGUCUCAACAGACAUAAAACCUGCGUGUGUGGAGCCUUGCCCCAUCCGGUUGUGGGGAGGGAGGAGGAAAGGGUUGUUUUGCAGUUCAUUUUCCUGCUGUAAAAGACUUGAUUUUUCUUUCCCUGAGCCGCAUGAGAGAAAAACCUCGCAGAAAGUCUUGGGUUCCCUUUGGAGUUCCCUUCACUUUAAUUUAUAGAGUGUCUUUUUUUUGUGAACUGGUGUAAAAUGUAUAUGCUGACAAGCUCCUGUAUUUUUAUGUAAAUAUUUUUUGUGGUUUCCCCCCUUGCCCCUCUCUGUAAAUAUUUAGAAUUCUCAUCUUCUUCUCACCUUGUAUGAUGCAGAUGUGGUUUUGUUUCUGGUUUUUAUUUGUACUGUAAUGCAACAAUCCAGACUGAGGUGUCUUGUGGUAUUAAACAAAAGCAACAGUCCCACUGAGCUCACACUCAGAUGUGCAACUUGACAGCAUUAAUCAAGCCAGGUUAAAAACUA